AUGGACUCCUGCGUGCGAGGAGGCGUUCAACCACUUCAAAGAGAUCCUGGCAGCACCCCCGGUACUCAGGAAGCCCAAGUCGGAGAACCACUCUACCUGUACCUGGCCAUAAUGGAGGAAGCACUUACAGCGGUUUUGGUGCGGAAAGAAGGGAAGGCUCAGCAGCUAAUUUACUUUAUAGUCGUGAGAACGGACCAGGAAAUCCGUCAAGUACUCCAAAAACCCGAUUUAGCGGGAAGAAUGAUUACUUGGGCCAUUGAGCUUUCCCAGUACGACUUGCGGUAUGAGCCCUGGCAUACGAUUAAGACACAAGCAAUGGCCGACUUCUUGGUAGAAGUCAUGGGGGACCCAACCGAGGAAACAGGCACACGGUGGAGGCUCCACAUAGACGGGGCCUCCAACCAAACGUCUGGAGGAGCCGGGAUCAUCUUAGAAAGCCCUGCCGGGGUCAUAUACGAACAAUCGAUCAAGUUUGAGUUUUUGGUAUCAAACAACCAAGCAGAGUACGAGGCCCUCUUGGGAGGCCUAACCUUAGCUCGGGAAGUCGGGGCGACGAGGCUAGAGGUGUGUAGCGACUCACAGGUCGUUACCUCGCAAGUAAAUGGAAGCUACCAAGCCAGAGACUCGCUGUUACAAAAGUACUUGGAGAAGGUUAGAGAGUUGAGCAAGCAGUUCGAGGAGGUCACGAUCCAACACGUUCCAAGGGAAAGGAACACACGGGCAGACCUCCUAUCUAAGCUAGCAAGCACGAAACUGGGAGUCGGCAACCGAUCUCUCAUCCAAGGCAUGGUAAAGAAACCAGCAGUUGCUCUCCACUUGACAAAGUUAGGCCCCUAUUGGUUGGACCCCAUCAUUGAUUUCCUGGAAAACGGCAAACUCCCUGACGACGAGAAGGCAGCUAAAGCAUUGAGAAGGGAGGCAGCCAAAUAUACGACCAUACAGGGACAACUGUUUAAAAAGGGACUCAGCCAGCCCCUAUUGAAGUGCCUACACCCCGACCAGACGGAUUACGUACUCAGAGAAGUCCACAAAGGGUGCUGCAGCCACCAUAUCGGGGGCAAAACCCUAGCGAGAAAGCUCAUCCGAGCUGGAUACUACUGGCCAUCAAUGAUGGAAGAUUCCAAAGAAUUUGUGAGGAAAUGCGUCAAGUGUCAGGAGAAUGCUAACUUCCACAGAGCACCUGCUUCCGAACUAAGUCUUCUGACGUCCUCCCGACCUUUCGCACAAUGGGAAGUCGACCUUUUGGGACCUUUCUCGGUUGGUUCGGGGCAAGUCAAAUAUCUCAUAGUUGUCAUCGACUACUACACCAAAUGGAUAGAGGCCAAACCACUGGCCAGCGUGUCAUCCUCCAAUUGUAGAAAGAUCAUGUGGAGGUAG